CCCUGUGCACCAUUGCUUGAAGCUGAGAGAUUGAUCCCACAAUGCCUAAAUCCCUGCAAAAGAUAUUCAAACUGCACAAAGUUCAAUUAUUAGGUUGAGCUAUACUUAAACUUUUCCAAGAUAGAUCAAUUUUUAAACAUCUCAGCCAUCAUUUUUACAAGUCAAAGCAGAGGUAAAAGCAUAGCAGAAGGGCUACAUGAUAAUCUCAUCUUGUUAGAGAUUGAAGGAUCUGUAUAAAGACAGACUCCAACCAACAUCACAGCAAACAGCGCAGAAAUGGUUUUCAAGAAAAUGGUUGUUUUGAUGAUGGGUUGUCUGGGGUUGGAGAAGCAGCCCACACAGCCAGCUCCUCCUCCUCCGGCUGAAAAUGGUAAAUCUUUGAGCAUUGAUGUAGAAGAUUGUGGUACAGCAAGGAUCAGGCUGAGUGAUGGCAGAUUCUUGGCUUACACAGAGAGAGGAGUCCCCAAGAAUAAGUCCAAUUACAGAGUUAUUGUUGUUCAUGGAUUUGGCAGCUCCAAAGAAAUGAACCUUAUGGUUUCCCAAGACCUUUUGGAUGAGUUGAAGAUAUACCUUCUGUUAUUUGAUCGAGCCGGAUAUGGUGAAAGUGAUCCAAAUCCAAAGAGAUCAUUGAAAAGUGAAGCAUCUGACAUUGACGAACUCGCUGAUAAACUGCAAUUAGGGUCCAAGUUUUACGUGCUUGGAGUGUCGCUAGGAUGUUACCCCGUAUGGAGUUGCCUAAAAAGAAUACCAGAUAGGCUAGCAGGCAUUGCACUUGUGGUUCCGUAUAUAAACUAUAAAUGGCCGUCUCUUCCUAACAAUCUAACCAAGGAUGACUAUCGCAAGGGCCUUGCACGAUGGACACUUUUCGUUGCACGUUACACUCCCAGAUUGUUGUAUUGGUGGCUAACUCAGAAAUUGUUCCCGUCGUCUACCGUUCUUGACCGAAAUCCAGCAUUUUUCAGUAGAAAAGACUUGGAGGUGCUGAAGAACACACCAGGGUACCAGUUGCUUAGUCAGAACAAAAUAAGGAACCGAAGUGUAUUCGACUCCCUACGUCGAGACUUCAUUGUAGCUUUCGGCAAGUGGGACUUUGAUCCCAUGGAUCUAACCAAUCCAUACCCUCAAAAGGAAAGCACGGUCCACAUCUGGCAGGGUUACGAGGAUAAGGUUGUCCCAUUUCAGUUACAACGGUAUGUGUCCAGUAAGCUACCUUGGAUUCGGUACCAUGAGGUUCCGGACGGAGGGCAUUUGCUUGUCUAUGAUAGUGCAGUGUGUGAAGCCAUCUUAAGGUCUCUUGUGCUCGGAGAAGAUCCUCCGCUGUACAGGCCUGAAAUAGCCAACUAGCUUGCUAUUUUUUCCAUUCUUGAUCAUCAGAAAAGAUUGAUGGUCGUGUAAGUAGUUUGGUUCAAUGGAGUGGAUGUAGGUGAGUGAUACUUUAUUUGUUUCAAGAAACUCUCAGUUGUCAAUGAAAUUGCAGUUGUUGAAGACAGAA